AUGCCCGGUGAAGCUUUACUAUUUCUUUUUGGCACCAUUAUGGCAGCUGCUCUGCUUUUUAUGAUGACAAUCAUGUUUUCAGAUCUCGAAUGCGAUUAUAUCAACCCAAUUGAUCUUUGUAACAAAUUGAAUCAGUUUGUUCUUCCAGAAAUGUUGGCUCAUGCGUUCCUCAAUUUUGCGUUCUUUAUUAAUGGGAGCUGGAUAGCUUUUGUAAUUAAUGCACCAUUAGUAGCAUAUAAUGUUCAAAA